AUGUCCCUCCCCACACUUGCUCGUCUCAGAGUCCCAAAAUUGCGUCUAGCCCGCUUUGCUUCGACCGCUUCAGCACGCAACGAUCCGAACUGGAACUACCAAGAUCCUCUUAACUUGGAGUCGUUACUGACAGAGGAAGAGAUAGCCGUUCGCCCGUGCAUAUUGUCAGGCAAGUGUAACGUUCCACAACUCGAAUUAGCUCAUCCAGAACAGGAGAACCUUCUCCCCCGCGUAUUGGACUCGUGGAGGACGGAAGGAUUCAACCAUGAAACGCUUCCGGAAAUGGGAAAGCUCGGAUUACUGGGACCCACCAUCAACGGUUAUGGCUGCGCGGGCGUGAGCAACGUUGCCUACGGCCUGAUAAUGCGCGAAAUAGAACGUGUCGACUCUGGGUACCGAUCGACCGCCUCCGUACAAUCAUCGCUCGUUAUGCAUCCCAUCAACGAGUUUGGGACGGACGCGCAAAAGGAGAAAUAUCUUCCCCGCCUUGCCCGGGGCGAGAUUGUCGGGGCUUUUGGACUGACGGAACCAAACCAUGGCUCGGAUCCCGCAGGCAUGGAAACUACUGCAGAAGAAGUGGAUGGCGGCUAUAUCAUAAACGGAAGCAAAACUUGGAUAUCUAACGCCCCUGUCGCCGAUGUGUUCAUUAUUUGGGCGAAAUGCAAAUGGGAUGGCAAAAUUCGUGGUUUCAUCCUGGAGAAAGAGAUGAAAGGCCUUACCGCCCCCGCAAUCAAGAAUAAGCUCGCGUUGCGCGUGUCGCUUACCGGCUCUGUCUUCAUGGACUCCGUCCGCGUUGGCCAUGACGCUUUGCUUCCCCACGGGAAAGGCCUCGCUGCACCAUUCUCCUGCCUUAAUUCGGCGCGUUACGGAAUCUCAUGGGGAGUAAUGGGCUCCCUCGAAGACUGCAUUGACCGCGCACGCGAAUACGGCCUCGAACGGAAGCAAUUCGGCCGCCCCAUCGCGUCAUUCCAGCUGAUCCAGAAGAAACUCGCAGAUGCCCAGACAGAGGCGGCUCUCGGUUUGCUCGCCAGCUUGCAGGUCGGCCGCUUGAAGGAUGCGGGGAAGCUUUCCUCGAACAUGGUCAGCAUCGUCAAGAGAAACAACUGCGGGAAAGCACUGCUCCACGCUCGCGCGCUGCUUGAUAUCUUUGGCGGUAAUGCAUGCGCGGACGAGUACCAUGUUGGGCGUCACGCGGCCAACUUGCAAGUGACGAACACGUAUGAAGGUACCAAUGAUAUCCAUGCCCUCAUCCUCGGACGUGCUAUUACUGGUUUACAAGCGUUCGCCAAUUAG